AUGGAUGUCCAACUUAAGCCUCACCCUCUGAGGCUUCCUGGAUUUGGCAUCAAAUUGAACCACGCAGCAUCAUGGAGGGCAACUCUUGCUAAAGGCUAUGUCACGAAUACGCCGAAGAAGUCGAGCGGGCCUAGUAUAUUCCCGUCUAUGUUAGACCUACGGACCUUCGAAGGAGAUCACGUUAAGCAACGCCUUACCCCUAUUCGAGAGUUCGCAAUGCUUCAGAUCAUGAACACUAUAACUGACAAGCCUGGUUGGGAAAAGAAGAUAUUUUCAUUAGACACCACCAACAAAUGGAGAGAGGAGGUGAUGGCGCAUAGGGAUAUGGAUGUGUCAGAUAAAAUGAUGGAUUGGGUCAUCGAUGAGCUGCAAUUCAAAGCAGAGCACUUUGAAAGGAGCGGGCAAGUCUUAGUCUAUGACGCGGGUGUUGUGAAGUCAGAUACUGCAGUCUCAGAGUCUCUCCGGAACACGCUCAAAGCCGCUGCUGCCCACUUAGAAGAUAUUCCAGAUAACGAAAAGGAUUAUCAUCCAUUUUCAGACAACCAGGUCCUUGACCUAGUGCAUCCCUCGUUGUUUCCGGUGGUUUAUGGGCAGACUCGUAUUAUCACAGAUGGCGUUCUAGGAAUUCACGAAGGUAUCGCUAGAGCAGGAUGCGGCGAAAUUAUUAAAAUCCCAUCGGAGGAAGAGCUUAAAGCUUUGUGCAAGAUCACUAGCUAUAUAAACAAUUUGCACCCAAAGAGGCACCAAGAGUUAUAUAGAGUAAUCGAGCAGGUUAUCUCUUGUGCUGUUCCAUUGUGGAAUAACACACUACGGUACACGAAGGCCGAAAACUAUGUGCGAAUACCAUAUGAUUCCUGCGAAAUGGAUGUUGAUCACGAUUUUGUAACAGCUGUUCCAAAACCUGAACGGAAAUCCUACGACAAUGAAUAUGAUUAUUACGACCGUCUAAGUGAAUGGGAAGAACAGGCUCAAAAACCUACACUCCCUGAGCCAGAUGCCGAAUUCUCUCCUCCAAACGAAGACAUUCUCGUCAACCUGCAGCGGGAUUAUGGAAGCACUGGUCUGCAAGUUAUUGUAAAACUUGCCAACAUCCAUCUUACCCCGGAACAGCCCAAAUACCAUGGCGGUACAUGGCAUGUUGAAGGGCAAUCAAAUGAACACAUAUGCGCUACCGCGCUAUAUUACUAUGACAGCGACAACAUCACAGAAAGCCACCUUGCCUUCCGCCAGUUAUGCGAUGUGGAAGACGGCCAAGAGAUACAGUACGAGCAAAACCGGCACGAGUGGCUAUCAGCCGUGUUCGGAUGCGAGAACGGCGGCCCCGCUAUCCAGGAGAUCGGCGACGUAGUUUGUAAACAAGGCCGACUCUUAACAUUUCCCAACAUCCUCCAGCACCGCGUUUCGCCAUUCGAGCUCGAAGAUCCUUCCAAGCCCGGCCACCGGAAAAUCCUUGCGCUGUUCCUGGUCGACCCCAAUAUCCGCAUCAUCUCCUCUGCCAACGUUCCGUGCCAGAGGCGCGAUUGGUGGGAGGAACAGGUGCCUUGGGAACACGUCACGGGCCGGCUCCCUCCUGAGCUAUCCGGUGAAGUUUUGUCUCAUCUGGACGACUAUCUGAUGUCGAUGGAGGAUGCGGCGGCGCUGCGGUUAGAACUUAUGGGGGAAAGGAAGGCGAUUGUUGAAGAGCAGCGCGAGGCGAUGGAAUAUUUGGAAUUUUCGUUAUGCGAACAUUAA